CGCGAACUGACCCCUUCGUAGUGAUUUAGUUAUCUCUCCAUCGACGCCUCGCCAACUUCUAUAACUUGGACCGUAAUAAAAAGAAAGAGGAAAAAAAGUGUUACCGGAAGUGUUGUAUCAAAAGGUAACGCGAAUUCUACGCUGAAUGAGCUCCUGCCGGUUUGAAAUCGUCUCGAGACGAGAUAUUAUGAUUAGCUCACAAGUGAGCGUAGAACCUAGCCCCGCCGACGAGCAGCAGCAGAUCAGCACAGAUUCAGCAGAAAGACUUCGCCGAGAUCCAGCAGCCCGCAAAAACAACAUCAAUCUAAUAUCGAACGAAGCCCGUCGUCGAGCACGAAGAUUUCUCAUCUAACUCAAUUACAAAGCCAAAUUCACCCAACUGCGCCGACAUCGUAGAAUGGUAGAGAGUGAACUUAAUUCAAAGCACAAUCAUAAGUGUGAUGUAAAAGACGAGCGGCUAAACGGCUGUGGCUCUAAGGAUCUCGAACUUGCCCGUAUUGGAACGACGGGCAAGACCCUAGACCCAGAGAAAGGAUCCAUCGUUAAAGCUGACUUUGAAAAGGCCAUCGAACUUACCGACUAUGGCAAAUUUCACUACUUCCUCCUCACGGUGUGCGGCUUCGUCAGCACCAGCGAGGAGAUGGACGUAAUCUCUAUGUCCUUCAUUCUACCUAGUGCACAAUGUGACCUAAAGCUCGAUACCCAAGCCAAGGGAUGGCUCAACUCGAUCAUCUUUAUUGGUAUGAUGGCGGGUGCUUACGCCUGGGGCUCCGUAGCGGAUGCCUUAGGUCGUCGAAAGGUUCUCAUCGCCAUCUCUUUCACGAAUGCCCUUUGCAUCGUUGCCUCCAGCUUCAGCCAGUCCUAUGAACUUUUCAUGUUCUUCCGUUUUUUAAAUGGCGCUGCACUUGGCGGCAGCGGACCUGUAAUCUGGUCAUAUUUUGCUGAAUUUCAACCAAAAGCGAAACGAGGCUCCAUGCUGUCCUUCAUGGCUGCAUUCUGGACGCUUGGAAACCUCUUUGUUGCUGGUUUAGCAUGGUUGAUCAUCCCUAACGACAUCGGUAUCGUAAGCUCAUCGUUCACGUACAAUUCUUGGCGAAUCUUCCUGCUGAUCUGCGCUGCUCCGUCGUUUAUCGUCGCGGGGCUACUCCUGCUGCUCCCUGAAUCCCCCAAAUACCUCUUGUCCUGCGGAAGAUACGAAGAGGCACUCGAUAUUUUCCGUGGGAUCUAUGCCAUUAACACUGGCAAACCGCGUGAUAGUUACACGGUAAAGGAAUUAAUUUUGGAUGACUUCCAAGAACCGGAACCGAAGAAGAAUAGCGUCGAAAAAAACAAAUAUAAAACAAUGCUCGCUGACAUCGUAGACAAUAGCAAGCAACUGUUCGUUUCACCGAUACUUCGUUUCACCGUAAUAUCGAUCAUCAUCAAUUUCACUUUUCACAUCGGUUAUUACGGUCUCAUGAUGUGGUUUCCGGAAUUAUUCAAUCGUUUCGACGAAUUCCAUCGUGAUCAUCCUGAUGAAGUCGCUUCGAUAUGCCAAGUAACCGAAUAUGUAGUUCAAAAAGGUUCUCAAAGUAUCGAGAAUUUUUGCUUGGAUAAAAUUGGCGCUUCCGUUUUUAUGGAAUCGUUGAUUACCGUUGCAUCCGCCAUACCCGCAAAUAUCGUUGCUGUUUUAGGAAUGGAUCGUCUUGGUCGUAAAUUCUUUUUAGUGUUCAGUACAUUUUCAUCAGGGCUCUGUUCAAUCGGACUGUAUUUCGUAUACAACAAGCACCAUAAUCUGAUCGUUUCGGCAAUCUUUAGCGGUGUGAUAAGCUGCGGAAACGCAGCCUUAGACUGUCUAAUAACCGAAGUUUUCCCGACGCCACUUCGCGCUACAGGAAUUGCUAUUUCCAUGGUCGCGGCGCGUCUCGGUGGAAUUAUUGGUAACAUCGUAAUAGCUCAACUCCUGGACAUGUAUUGUCCAGCACCAACUUUUAUUGUUGCUGCUCUUCUAAUAGGUGGAGGAUUACUGUGCUUAUUCUUACCAAACACAACACGGGAACCACUUUCUUGACACCAGUGGAAAGUUACAUCAAACCAACUAAAUCAAUGUACAAUCAUACACGUGCCCUUCCAAUUGCUAAACUUACCAUAUUUCAAAACAACACAUUAUAUGUUCAUGCAUUUGUUCGCAUUUACUCAUGAAACGAUUCAUUGUAAACAACGUAUGUCGUGACGAUUGAGCAUCACAUUCCUAUAUUACAUAUCAAUCUCGAAUGACAAUAAACAAAGUUGUACUAACAAUUAGAAUUCAUAGUAGAUAGUAGAGGAUAUGUUUUUCAAGAAUAAAUGAAACACGAAUGCACAAUU